AUGAGAGGGCCAGUGCCUUUGGCAGCAUCAGGAGGACCAGGGGCUGACACCAGGCCAGAUUGGUCCACACUGAUGCUCCGGGGCUCCUUCUACCAUCCCAGUACAAUGGCACUGGUCAGCAGAGUGAAGCCCCGUCCGCGUACAUCCCCCGGCUCAGGCGACUUUGUGUGCUCAGUGUGCCACAAGAUAUUCCCUCUGCAGCGCAUGUUGACUCGCCACCUGAAGUGCCACAGCUUGGUGAAGAGACAUCCUUGUCGAUUCUGUGGCAAAGGAUUCAACGAUACCUUUGACCUCAAGAGGCAUAUGCGAACACACACAGGUAUCCGUCCCUACAAGUGUGAGCUGUGUGAAAAAGCCUUUACACAACGUUGCUCUCUCGAGUCCCAUAUGAGGAAGAUUCACGGUGUUCAUCAACAAUAUGCCUACCGUCAGAGACGGUCCAAAAUCUUUGUGUGUGAGGACUGUGGUUACACCUCAAGCCGCCCUGAUGAGUACUUUCUCCAUGUGAGACAGUGUCACCCCGGUAGUCCUGCCCUCCGCAGGUACUACCGCCGCCAGGCGCAUGAGAACAGCAGCUUUGCAUCAGCAGACCGUAAACUCAACCCCUAUAUUCUGUACUCAACCCCUGCAUAUUAUAUGUAGAGUUCCUUAUAAUUUAACUGAACUACAUUAUAGCUGUUCCAUAAGCCAUUCAUAAAGUAAAUAGUUAGACAUUCGUUUUUAUGAAGUAUUCAACUGUGUAACACCUAGGCAAUCUACGUAUGUACCCUCUAUGCUCAUUCAGUAGUUCCUGUUUUUAAUCAACACUACUUUUUAUGCUGUUUUUUUUAUUUUAGUGUUUUUUACAUUUU